AUGCAAGACCAGGAGCUGCCACGCAUGCAGAUGCUGCUGGGAGCCUGCCAAGCAGAGGAUGACUAUGGUGGCGUGGACACAGCCACCGCCUGCAUGGUCGCCAUCCUCGACCAUUUUGUACAGCAGAGCACAGAGAAGGAGUCCGCGAAACUCCGCGACUUGCUCCCUCUCGUGCCACAACUUCAGAAGCUGACAGAGGGUGACGAAGAUGGGCAGAUGGUCGAAGGGGGCGCUGGUGGCGCAGCCGCAGGCGAGCCACCGCCACAGCAGGUCACCCGCGAGGAGGUCCGCGUUCGUGCGUCUCGGAUCCUCCUACGCCUGGGCCAAGUGAGUCAGGAGUCGAGCCGCGAGCCCCCGCAGUUGGAGGCUUUUGGCCCGCGCGCCCACAUUCUUGAGGUGCUGAUGCGGCACUCUGAAGCUUCCCAGGAAGGUGCCAGCCACCGUGUCUCACAGACGCGGGAGCAUUGCAAAGCGCAGACUGCUCACAUUGCUGCUGGCCGCUUGGCUGAGGAGCCUUGCGUCAACCAGCAGACUUUGCAGGACUUCUGUGAGAAGGUUGGGACUCUUGCAGAGAGUCGCCACUUCCUGGGCCUCAAGAUGAGCAGCCUGAACAACGGCCUGGAGGCCCUUGGGGCCAGCCUCGACCAGCGACGUGUAAAGCACGGCAUUGUUGACCAGGAUGUCCAGGAGCUCAGCCGGAGCCUUCAUGGCAUGGCCGGGGACGCCACCAGGAGCGCCGAGGUGCACUCGGAGCUGGCCCACUGUGAGGAGUUGAACAGGCAAAGCGUGGCCGAGGUGGAGCAGCUCUCCGCGCAGCUGCGGGAAGCGCAGGCUUGGAACCAGAACUCCGCCUCCAAAGUCAAAGAGGCAGAAAGACACACAGCUGAGCUCAGCUCCAAGGAGGCAGAGCUAGCCGACUUCUGCAACCAUGCUCCUGCAAAGCUGCAGCAGUGCCAGGCGCGCCUCCUCGAUGUGGAGAGCCAGCGUGCAGAUGCGACAGCGCGCUGCGCCGCACUGGGCCUGGAGGCGGACCGUUUCGAGCGCCGCACCGCGGCGCUGCGCGGCGCCAUGUCGGAGGCGUCGGCAGCGCUUGUGGCGCUCGAGGACGUCGGUCGCGAGUUGGAGGUACUGAAAUCAUCCCUCAACUCUGAGCUUGUCAUGAGCGCCGGCGAGGUGGAGAAGCUGAAAAGCCUGGAGGCUCGGCUGGCCCCUGCCAAGCCGGGCAGGAUGAGGCGCUCGGCCAGCAAUACCACGGAGGAGGAGCAAAGCGAUGCUGGGCUCGUUUCGUCCAGCAGUCGUGAGGUGCUCACGUGCGACACGGAGCCCCCAACUUGGGAUGACUCCCAGGCCGAACAGGAGUUCCGGGAUAACCUGCACUUCCGCUCCUUCAAGAAGCUGCGCGACGAGAAGGAGCGGUCAUGGCGCGAGGAGAAGAAAUGGUUGCAGGAGUGCAUGCAACACGCAGAGGCCGCAGCCGCCAAGUUGGAGGAGCAGCGCAGAGAGGCCCAGAGGUUGGAUCACCAAUCUACAGCCGAGGAGGGCGAGCUCAGGAAGGAGAUCGGCAGUCUCGAGGAUGUGGAGGGCCACGCGCAGCGGCAUCUGGACGCCCGAGCCGCAGCCGACGCAGCUCGGGCCUCCCAGCGGGAGCUGGCGACCAUGGCUGCCGAGGCAGCUGGUGCCGAGUGGGCCGUCAAAAGCCAGCUGGAGAAGGCCCAGGCCAAGGCAGCUCAGGUUGCGGUCCAGCUAGAGAACGCGCGGAAAGCGGCGGCCAGCGAAGAGGAUGAGACCCUCAAGGUGCGGCGGGAGCUACAGAAGCGUUUCUUGGAGCUGGAGACUCGCGUGCGCGAGUUUGUGCAGGACUGGCGAGCCUACGAACACGAUGGCCAGAGGCUGACACUGCUGCAGGAGCGGGUGGCCUCGGGGCUCCGGGAAGAGUCGGAGGGCCGCCGUGCUGUGCGUUCCGAGGUGCAGAAACUCAUCGAGGUUCUGCAAGAUCUGGAUCAGCAGCAGCCGGCCCAGUUGACAUGCAGCUCGGCGGCAAACAGUGUGGAGUCGCGCAUGAACGGAACGAGCUCGUUUGAUGGACCUUUCUGCAGCCACCAGCUCAUGCAUGACCACGACAGGCCGAAGUGGAGCCGACCUGGGGACUUGUUGAUUGCAGCACAUGGCGCUGCGCCUCGUGUACGGCUGAGGACGAGCCUGCAAGAGUUUGCCAGCGCAGGUGGCCAGUACCACGCUCCGCCGCAGCCACAAGGCAGGAGCUAUGCGGCCCCAGCUCCAGGCCCCGGCCACUAUUCUUCAGGGCAGCGCCACCAAGGCUACGCAUCCCAGGGCGACUACUAUGGACAUCAAGGUGGGCAUCACCAAGGUCACUACGACUAUGGUGCUCCUCCACCGUCUCAUCCCCCAGGUCCAUAUGGCCCGUAUCCACAAGGCCCUGGUGCAGCACCGGCGGCCGACACCGGGGAGGAGCUUCCCCUGCAGACCGAUGCCAUGGGAAACGAGGCGCCCGAAGCGGAGUCCGCGGAGGCUGUCGCGAGCUCCACGCCGGGCGAUGCGGAGACCACCGAGGAGGCCCAAGUUCCUUUGGAAGAGGGCGAUCAAACGGAGAUGCCGCCCGAGGAGUUCUACGAGGAGUAUCCUCCCGAGGAGGUUCCUCCUGAGGAGAUGUACCCGGAGGAGAUGCCUCCCGAAGAGGCCGCAGAGCCGCAAGCCCUGGUCAUCCAAGUGCCCGGCAUCAGCAAUCACCUCUACGAAAGCUACCCUACCGGGGCGAUGCUUGGCAAGCUCAAGCAGACGGUCUCCUCGCUGGAAGAAGCAGCACGGCAGCUGAAGAUCGGCGGUCCAAAGCAGGAUGUCCACUUCUGGGAAUGA